UUUCCCGCCUCUUUGGGAUUCUACGCAGGCGCAUAGGCCACACGGCCUGAUGGGAUAUGAAGUCUUUCAGUUCCUCCAUUGAAGGUCAGCGCCUCCCUAACGUGAACUAAGGUUCAUUUGGGGGAAGUCCGUAAAUCCCAUCAUACAACGCGAGUGGAGGAAGGAAGAAGAGAAGGCAGAGGAGCGCAUGUUGGGAUUUGUAGUGCUUUGGGAUCAGUUCAAGGGAGCGCCCGAGGGAGCAAGUCGUUGCGCAGGCGCAGUGGGAAUAUAACUGGAAGCCCGUGGCCGCAAUCUCAUUGGCUGGCGCCAGGUGCUAAUGUUGACUUUGCUCUCCACGACUGGGAGGGCGGCGCGAGAUAGAGGGAGGAGGGGGAAAGGAGAAAGGGGCGGGGUGUCUUGGGCGCGCGUAGUUGAAAGACCGUUAUUCUGACCGUUGGUGUCGGUUCGGUUGGACUUUUCGGACCCCGCUCAGCCCUCCGGACGCUUUCUGUCCACCAUGGCCGAGGCUCGAGCUUCGCCGCCGCCGCCUCCUCCUCCCCCGUCUUCUCCUUCGUCCCCCUUGGCCCGCGCCGCCGCCUUCUCCUUGUCUCCGGAGCUGCCGGCCGUCUUGGCCGGGAGAAUCCGGAACCAGAGCCAGGGCAGGGGCCGAGCCGUGGAGCCUCCGCCCGUGGACCCGCUGGAGGAGGUCGAGAUGCAGAUCGAUGAUGCAGCCUUUUCAUUAAUUAAACUUCUUGAGGCCACAUCUGCUGUUUCAGCCCAGGUGGAAGAGCUGGCAUUCAAAUGCACCGAAAAUGCACGAUUUCUUAAAACAUGGAGGGGUCUGCUAAAAGAAGGCUACGAUUCCUUGAAACCAGACAACCAAUGCAGCACAACCAACUAGAUUUUGAAAAAAUGACUGUUUUAGGAAAUUUGGGGCAGAAUUGCUACAUGUAUAAUGCUUGCACUUUUUCCCAUGUGAUAUUUGCACCUAUGGAUGUAUAAGACUUUUAUUUCCAACAGUUCUGGAUAUUUACACUUUGCUUUGUAAUUGAACAUUAAGACUUUACUUCCUUGUGUCUCUUUCCUGUUUUUAAAAGGAAAAUAUUUACUUAAUUUUGACUCAGGAUUUGAUCUUUUUCCUGAGUCAGUUUGUGCCUACUAAACCUUCACGGGCUUAUUUUACUUUUAAAAGUAAGUUAAUUUUAUCUGUGAUUAAGAAACUCAGAAAUAAAAUAACUCAGUUUUAGAAUGCUUUAAAAUGUACAAAUAGUUUUCCCUACAACAGUUCUAUGACUAGGUAGUACAAGUAUAUUUUAGAACUUCAGUAGACCUGUGAUCACAUCAGUGGGGAUACUCCCUCCAACAGUAUAGAUCACAGCCCAUUUAUGCCUUCUCUUGUGCGGCUUUUAUCUAUGCACUCUCAGCGAUUUGCCAUAAGGGAUACAUUCAACUUGCUGAAGGUCUUCCUUGAGGUCUUUUAAAAUGAUGCUGGUACCAGAACAGUACUCCAGGCUGUUCAUCUGCUCCUCACUUUUGCUAUUUGGUUGGCCCACCUUCUUUUCUGAUAAUGUAUCUCAAGGAUGAUACUUUCUGGGCUACCACUUGUGUGCAUAUCAUUGUUGAUGUGUUAAACUACUGGUUUAUGCUCACCAUAUGUUUCACUUUUGCCUCUUUGGGUCACCUAAAUUUUUAGAUAUUGUGGUAUUCUAUGAUUCAUAGCUGUAUUGUUUCAGUGGACGAAUUUUGCUGUUUAAAAAAAUGGGCUUUUAGCUCAGGAAACAGUUUGGAGUUGUUGAAAGUACUUUUAUUUCUGAAAAGCAAUCCAGUCUGUAUUCUUGCUUUUCAACCCUAGGACCAGUUCGUGGUCCGUCUGAGAGUAUGUCUAAGAUAGAUGUACUAAUAGCCAACUCAUUACCUAAUCACCUGUCAUAGGCCAAGUAAUGGUCAUUCUUCAUCCACUUGGUUUUUCCUGUCUUUAUUGUUGGGUCAGACCCUGCAUACUAUAUAAGUAUUCUCAUUUUCCUGAUGAAGAAACAGUCUCAGAGAAAGUGGGAGACCUAGAACUUGAAUUCUGGGACUUCUGGCUUCUAGUUCUAUAUAUUUUUUUCUAGCAAAUCACACUAUAUAGGACUAAUUCUUCCUGGUUGAACGAUGAAUUGCCAAUAAAAAUGUUAUUUUUUUUCUUUCCUGUUUCUAGAAUGGGAAUAUUGGCCAGUGGAAAUAGUGGCCAUUUCCCCCUCCUUUGAAUGUACAAUCUAAAGCUUCCUUGAGUUGGAGAAAGUUGUUUUUUUCUUCAACAAAGGUAUAGAUAUAUUCUUUACCUGAACCACUGCCUUCAUUUAAAUAUAUGUAAACAUAACAGAUGAGUACUUUUAAAAGUAUGAAUGAUGAAAGGUUUUUUUUAAACUUUUUAUGAAACCUGGGAUUUCAGUCAAAACAUUUUUAAAAGUUGCAUGGGAGACAUGUAUAUUCCCAGGUUUUUCUACUUAGCUGCAUUUUUACUGACAAUUACAGUUUCUUAUAUCUAACCCUUUUGUACAUUUGAUGAUUAUUUUUAAAGUGCCUUAUGCUUGUAUGGUUCCAUAUUACUUUGGGAUGUAUGUAAGUUAGCAUUUCUAUAGUGACUUGUAUGUAACUUAGUGUUUCUAUAACUUCUUUGAAAGCAGUGAAUUAUUUUAAUUGUUUCAAUGUUACCGAAUUUAAAAUUCAUUCUUAGCGACUUUUCAUAAAUUUUUUAAGGGUCCAACUGUGACAGAUGAUAGUUUUUUUCCCCGAAUCUUUUGUUGCUCCUUUGGUUAGUUUGCACUGUGUGUUGAUACCAAAGCCAUCUAAAUCUGUUACAUAAAAUCUGUGAAAUCUUUGGUAUAAUGUAAAGAAUUUUGUAUAAUUAGGUACUUAGAGAAUUAAGUCCUGAAACUAGUGGGAGAGGUAAAAGGGAGUAACAGUUGCUAGACUACAUACUGACUCACAGUUCUGUAUUUUAUCUGAGAAGGAUAAGUUUAGAAAAAGAGCUGGUGGACCAUGCUGUACUGUGUUCCCUGUACCAAAAAGAUAAUUAUUCCAAUGGUAGAGGAAAUAUUUUUAAAAGAAUGUGGUAGAAACAACAAUUUUAUUUAUGUAAAAAUAAACUUUUUUCAUAAAGUAAA